AUGCCUCCUGCAACUCCCGCCAACGACGAAGCGCACUUGCAGCUUAUGGACCAGCUGGAUAUUGCCCGCCUCCAGAAGCCAUUCCGCAACCCAAAUUGGAAGCCCUCCCAGCGUCGCAACCGGAACCUCAAGCAGAUCAUCUCCGAGAGUGCUCGAAAGGAGGCCUCAGUGAUGGCCACCCAAGCCAACUCGGGCGCAACCACCCCCUUCCCUGCCACGGGCAGCACCACGGCCGAUGGCAAACAAACCCCAGCAGAUGGAACUGGCAAGACUCCCAACCUAGCACAAGCUUCGCAAAACCUUUCUACCUUGGUGCUGGAGAAGAAUGCGCGCGCCAAUUUCUCAACCGGACCGGCAGUCACCUACACGAACAUUGAGUCGGCACCAUCGCUGAGCGCCGCCAACCAGCGUAACUACUGCGAUAUUACCGGGUUGGCCGGUCCCUACACCGACCCCAAGACCCGACUCCGGUAUCACAACAAAGAGAUCUUCGCAGUGAUUCGGACAUUGGCCCAGGGUGUGCCAGAGAUGUACCUCGAAGCGCGUGGAGCACACACGGUCUUGAAAUAA